AUGGGUGAUUUAUUGAUCUGCAAAGAAUGUGAUAAAGGGAAUUUACCACUCUAUGCCCAUGAAGAAAAAACUGAAGAAUAUAUGUGUGUCUAUUGCCAAUAUGAGAUGGAAGCUGAAUGUCUUGUUGAUGGACAACCUUGCUGUGUAGAAUGCAAAAUGAAUCGAAAAAGCCAGAUGAAAUCUCCAGCUGGAAGUAUCCGUUCAGAAAAAUUUGAAACUGGAAGCACUCGCAUGGGAGGUCCUGGGUCUACAUUUGGGGGUGACCGAAGUACAGCCCGAACUGUGACAAAUAUAGAGGAUGCUCCAAAAAGUACGCCGAGAGGCACGCCAGGGUUUAUCGAUAAUGUAGGCAAGUCUUUGGAUAAGCUAAUCCAUAGAAGAGCUGACAGCAAUUUGUCAGCAGAGCAUUUCAAAGCCCAUCGUUUUUUACAAAAAUAUAUCGCCCACAACUUCAAUGAGCUGACUUGUCUAUAUGAUUCUAGAAAUGAUGGGCGCUCUUCAGUUGCUUUUCACAGAAAAUGUGAUGACAGUAAAGGAGGAAUUAUCAUGAUUAUUACUCUAUCAUUAGGCUAUGAAAUUGCUGCUUGGUCAUGAAAAGGGAUCAGAAAAGGCUGCACUCAGAAUAGUGAUGUGCAGAUGGGUGGGGCGAUUAUCCAGAACAAUUCCUUUGAUUUUUGCAGUUUUGCUGACCAAGUUAUCAUUAAUGAGCCUGAAGGGAUCAGAUUUUCAUCGGAAAGUGACCUUUAUAUGAAUUUCGAUUAUCUGGAGAGAAGUGUUUGCAAUUUUGAUAAGAGGCUAAAAGGGAAUGCGCGCUGGACGACUUAUAUUGAAGAAAUUUCUGUUUAUAAGUUACAAAUAAUAGAGUAA